AUGGCCAGUUCCAGGACCGAAGCUGCCAAAAUGGGGAAUAAAGGCCCAGAAAUGAUGGCUGUAAUGUGGUCAAUGACGACUCUUGCCCUUUUACUCGUAGUCGCUCGUGUGUGCGUUCGACAACGAAUUCUCCGGAGCUUUGGUUUUGAUGACUGGUUAAUUGGAGCCUCGAUGAUCUUUGGCUUGGCUUUCGUUGCAGCUGCGACGGUCUCCGUGCAAUAUGGAUAUGGACAACAUACAAGGGCUCUUGAAACAGAGGCUGCUGAGACCGCUCUCUUAUGGAAUAUGAUCUCAUUUAUCUUUGGGAUUAUAUCGUUCGCGUUGCCAAAGCUCGCGGUUGCCGCGUUGCUCCAUCGAAUCCUGAACCCAAAUACUGUCCAACGCGUUAUAAUAUGGGGUCUAGUAAGUCUGGUAGCGAUAAUUGCUACUGUGAACAUUUUAAUCUAUGUUACCAUGUGCGAUCCACCACAAGCGCUCUGGAAGACAUCGAUGGUGGUGCGUGGGGAGGCGACAUGUCGCGAUAUAUGGAUUCUCAUAGACUACGCCACGUUCAAUGGAGCAUUUUCCGCAUUCGUCGAUCUUUGCCUUGCGAUUUACCCUGCGAUCAUUCUGUUGAGACUUCAAAUGUCCCUACGGAAAAAGAUUGCAUUAUCUGCUGCCUUUGGCCUGGGCUCAAUUGCGGCCGCAACUGCAAUGGUCAAAUGUGCUCAAAUCAAGGGUUUGGCCGACCAGACAGAUCCUACUUUUGGUACUGUACCUCUAGUAGUCUGGACAAACGUCGAAGCCAAUAUCGUCGUCAUUGCCGCCUGUAUACCAACACUCCAACCAAUGCUUGAUCUAAUUUUGAGAAAGCUAAAACUUGUUUCGACAGGCAAGAGUCACUCUAAGCCAUCCUCCUACGCACAGCAUAAGAUAUACGACAAUCAGUCUAGUCAAGGGCCCGUCGUAUCAAAAGCCGAACAAUCAAUCUUGUCAAAAAGAGGAGAGAGCCAAGAAAACAUCUUGAAUGAUAUAGAUCAGUAUCAAAUACGGCGCACCGAUGAGGUAUAUCUUGAAUAUGAAGUGCAGCCACCAAAACGGUCAUCUCCAAACUAA